CCAGGCAUAAGAAACAAAAAAAAAAGUUGGCCAGGUUGUGGGAGUAAAUUUAAAUGUAAAGAAGAAUUGACCAGACAUCAACGAUAUCAUACUGGUCAAAAACCAUUUCAAUGUGAACAUUGCGAACAAUGUUUUACUCAAUCCGAUAAUCUAACCAGGCAUAAGAAACAAAAAAAAAAAGAUUUAUGUGCGGCUAAAUUGACCACAGCAUUAUGGGAAUUUUUUUUCAAUUUCGAUGAAUCUUCCAUCAGAUCCAUCGAUUAAUGAUCAUUUGAAAAAAAUUACCUGCUUUCUUGGAAACAACAAUGACACCCCAACGAUAAUGAGUGGAGAUUUCAACAGCCGUCAUUC